AUGGCGCGGAAUCCGAGAUCGCAGACGGCAGAGGCGAUGGCUUUGAGAUGCGGCAGCGGAGGAGUCGGCAGCGAGGAGUUGCCGCCGGGUGAGGAGGAUGGCUGCGAGGUGAGAGGAGAGGUGUACGUGAUGCCGAUGACGGCGGCGACAGAAGUUGUUGGAGCAGAGAGUAUAGUGCGAUCUCCAGCGUGGCUCUUCUUUCUCAACAAUUGA